AUGGGCAAGAGGAAGCCGAGGAAGGAAAACAGGGAAGGGCCGAGGGCGACGCGGCUCACGGGCGCCGUUCCCGCAGGGAAGCCCACGCUCUACGGCAGCCUCACGCGCCGCGGGCUCAGCGCCGAGGGGCUCCCCGACAUCGCCGCCUCCGAGGGCUUCGCCGUUGGCGGCGUCACCAAGAAAAGCAUUCUCAUUUCUUGUCCUCACGAAAAUGUGUCCACAAAGUUCUUGGCGCCGUACACAACCUUUUGUAGGAUUCAUCAGAAAAGCGUCACGUGCCUUGAUAUUUCCAGUGGCGGAGGGCUCGGAGUGUCUACCAGCACGGAYGGCACCAUGAAAAUCUGGCAGGCUGCAAAUGGAGAAAUAAGGAGACUUUUGGAAGGCCAUGUGUAUGAUGUGAAUUGUUGCAGGUUUUUCCCAUCGGGCCUCGUGGUUCUCAGCGGGGGAAUGGAUGCCCAGCUAAAGAUCUGGUCUGCAGAAGAUGCCAGCUGUGUGGUGACCUUCAAGGGCCACAAAGGAGGUAUUUUGGACACGGCCAUCGUGGAUCGGGGCAGAAAUGUCCUUUCCUGCUCCAGAGACGGCACCGCCCGGCUCUGGGACUGCGGCAAGUCGGCCUGUCUGGGCAUCGUCGCCGACUGCGGCGCUGCCCUCAACGGCAUCGCCGUGGGCGCUGCUGACAACUCCAUCAACCUGGGCACGCCAGAGAACACUCCCAGUGAACGGGAGGUGGGGACAGAAGGGAAGAUCCUGCUGUUGGCCCGCGAGGACAAGAAGCUCCAGGGAGUGGGACUGCAGAGCAGGCAGCCGGUGUUUCUUUUUGUUGGGUCUGAUGCGUUUAACUGCUGCACGUUCCUCUCGAGUACCUAUCUGCUAGCUGGGACUCAGGAUGGGAACAUCUAUCAGCUGGAUAUGAGGAACACAAAUGCUCCAAUCCAGGUCAUUCAUAGAUCCGGGGCACCGGUGCUUUCUCUGCUCCCGUACCAAGAUGGAUUUAUUGCCAGCCAAGGCGAUGGAACCUGCUUCCUCGUCCAGCAAGACCUCGACUACGUCGUCGAUCUCACCGAAGCAGACUGCGACCCCGUGUACAAGGUGGCUGCUUGGGAGAAGCAGAUUUACACGUGCUGCCGGGAYGGCGUGGUGAGGAGGUACCAACUCUCCGACCUUUAAAAACUUGGAUCCACCGAAUAUCCAAGAGGAGCAGCAGCAGCCGGAUGCUUCCACGCUCYUUUUCCCAUACAGCUUGUUUGAGAUGUGUGUGUAGAAACAUCCACGGGGUCGUAAUGACCAGGCUCUGUUUAAAGGUUGAGGGCAGGACUGCUCUUUCUUAUUGCAACACAAUUUAGAUGAUAAUUAUACAGAAAACAUAAUUUUUCCUUCCCUGGAGUAAGUGGCUCUGGGGCGUCGGGAGCUGUUGUGUUGUUGUGCUUUUCUUUGUUCUGUUUCUC